CCCCUCUAAAGUCUCAUUCUCACUUUUUAAACCUUUUUAUUAGCUCCACUAUACCCUUCUCUUCAUCCUAACUCCACCAUUGUACUUCUUUCCUCAUUCCUCCCUCUUCUUUUGCAGCGUAAUUAAUACUCUUCUGGUCCUGAGACAUCAAAGAGUUUGAACGUCUCCAUCAUCAAAUGAGUAGUUCUCAUCACGCGCCGCCACCGGAGUUCGACUCCGUCAACGGCGACUCAUUAUCCUCAACACCUCGCUCUGAAAACCACCACCACAACAUGUACGACGACACACAGCCACGUGCCCGUUUCAUGUGCAGUUUCGGUGGCAAAAUCAUGCUCAGACCACACGACAAUCAACUCCGUUACGUCGGUGGUGACACUCGUAUCGUUGCAGUCAACCGCCACACUACCUUCGCAUCUCUCCUGGGAAAACUCUCCAAACUCGCUGGAAAUUCAAACAUUAACAUUAAAUACCAGCUACCAAACGAGGACUUAGACGCUUUGAUAACCGUUACAACUGAUGAAGAUUUGGAGAAUAUGAUGGAAGAGUAUGAUCGGCUUAGUCAAAAUCAAAAAUCAGCUCGGCUUCGGCUUUUCCUUUUCCCUAACGACUCUAGUUCCAGAGCCAGUACUAUUAGCUCUAUCCUUGACGGCUCAUCUAAACGAGAACAAUGGUUUGUUGAUGCACUCAAUGGUGGUUCGGGUUCGGGUACGGGUUUGGAGCGUGGUCGAUCCGAAGCAUCAUCUAUUGUUUCUGAAGUUCCUGAUUACUUAUUCGGGUUGGAUAAUUCUGAUGAAUCAAAAUUUGUGAAGAACAGGUUUAACAUUUCGGAUCCGGGUUCACCUGCUCCACCUAUUGUUUCUUCACCCUAUGGCUCUGUAUCAUCAUCAAUGGCACCAAUGCCUGAUCUUCCACCCGUUAAAACAAAGCCCGAUAACCCAAACCCGGUAACUGAAUCCAGAGAAACGCCAGUUGGCGAAAAGACGGUUCAACCGAGUUAUCCGGGUAGUCCGCUAUGGCGUUACCCAGCACAACCGGUUCCAGUUUAUUAUGUUCCGGGUCCUGGUCAGGUUCAACCCGGAAAUGUUGCAGUACAGUCAAUUCCAAUGAGGGCUCCAUUUGUUCAUCCGUUUCCGGUUGCUCCAAAUCAAUUACCAGUCGGGUAUCCACCAGUUUCAAGUAUGGGCCAAGUAUACAGUGGAUUGAGGCCAGCACUGAGUGUUGACCCGAAUGAAGGAAUGAAUCAGGGAAUGUAUUAUGGAGUUAGGAAUUCAGGUGUUGUUCCGGGUUAUGGAGGUGAAGAAAUGCAGGGACCCGGAACUGAUGGAAAAGCGGGUCGGGUCUCCCAAUAAAGGUUUGAUCGAUAAGAAGCAUAUUUGGUGUGCUAGUGCUACCCUUUUCGUUUGUUUUUAUUGAUAUUUGAAGCAAAUUCUUAUAUGCACUGUGAAUCGUAAAUAAGCUGUAAUUAAUGAUCUAUCCUUCAAUAUGUGCGACUCAAAACGAGUAUUUGAUUAUUAAAAAGCAAGUUGUAAAAGCAUUUUAAGCUCA